AUGGAGGCCACACAUUUCAUAGCAGACAAAUUUGCACGCACAAAGAAUAUGUUGGAAGCCAUGGCCCUUGGGAAAUUAAUCGUGAAUCACUUAUGGCUUGAGAGUUGUGGACAAGCCAAGUGUUUUAUUGACGAGAAAAAUUACAUUCUGAGGGAUAUGAAAAGGGAAAAGGAAAUAGGCUUCAACAUGCCAGUUUCUCUUGCUCGCGCAAGACAAAAACCAGUCCUCAAGGGAAAAAGAGUCUACAUCACACCGCAUAUUAAACCUGAUAAGGAAGUUAUUGCAAGUUUGGUCGCAGCUGUUCAUGGCCAGGUGGUAGAUGAAAGUGAGGUGUGUGAUGAUAUUAAUGAUUAUAGCUUAGAUGAUCUGUUGAUUCUUUCUUGUGAAGACGACUAUGCAAUAUGCCACCGUUUCCUUAAGAGAGGAAUCGCAGUUUACAGUUCAGAGCUUGUUCUCAAUGGAAUUGUAAUCCAAAAAUUGGAACUUGAGAGAGGUGCACAUGCACCGUAUAAAAUCUUUGUUCUGCAACAAAGUAACACAGAUUAA